GCGGCCGGAGCCGGCGCCGCGGACCGAGACGGGACGGAUCCUGCUGUCUUCCUCUGAAGAGCUGAUUUUUGUCCCAGCAGUCAGUGUCCCCGUGAGAGGCUCUGUGAAGACCUGGUCCUCCAGGGACGACUCCAUCCCAGAAGCACUUCACCUCAUGGAUGUGCCAAGCCAGGUGAUGCCCAUGGAGCCGGGGCAGGCUCUGGUGCUGCCGCUGCCACUGGCCAAGGCCGAGGAGUCUCCGUUCCCUGGACCGGAUGCCGCCCCCCCAGGCGAGCCCUCCAGCCCCGAGACUGCAUGCCAGCUUUUCAGGCAGUUCCCUUACCAGGUGAUGUCUGGGCCCCGAACCCUGAGACAGCUUCGGAAGCUCUGUUUCCAGUGGCUGCAGCCCGAGCUUCACACCAAGGAGCAGAUCCUGGAGAUGCUGCUGCUGGAGCAGUUCCUGACCAUCCUGCCCGGGGAGAUCCAGAUGUGGGUGCGGAAGCAGUGUCCGGGCAGCGGGGAGGAGGCAGUGACCCUUGUGGAGAGCUUGAAGGAAGACCCCCAGAGGCUGCUGCAGUGGAUCAGCAUCCAAGUUCUGGGACAAGAAGUCUCUUCUGAGAAGGUGAUAGCUGCCAGCUGCCAGGUGGGGGGCAUGGAGCCCCAUCCCGAAGUGCCUCAGGAGCAGGGGCUUCAGCCCCCAGCCUCCGGGCCUGGCGAGCCACCGAGCUGCAUCGUGAAGGAGGAGUCUGACUCGGACCAGGAGCUAGUAGUGGCUGCUUCCCAGCUUCCUGCCCAGCCUGAGGAAAGGCCCACCAGAGACGAGGACCUCGGAGCUUCCCUUCUCCAAGCAGCACCUCAGGCGCAGUGGAGUCACCUGGAUUCCACCCAGAAGGAGCAGUACUGGGACCUCAUGCUGGAGACCUACGGGAAGAUGGUCUCGGGAGGCAUCUCCAAUCCCAAGCCUGACCUGACUAGCCCUGCUGGGUACGGGGCAGAGCUGGCAGGACUGCACCUGCAUGGCAGUGAGAAGAUCCCAAGACCCACCUGCACAGGGGACCGACAGGAGAAUGACAAGGAGAACCUCAACCUGGAGAACUGCAGGGACCAGGAACCUCCAGCUUCAGGAGAGCCACCUUCUCAGGCUUCCGUGGGCGGCCUCUUCGGGGAGGACCAGCUGAAGCACCUUGCAGCAGAAGAGAACCCCCCUGAGGCCCAGGAGAGCCCCCAGGGCGAGUGGCCGGGGGCCCAGCUCUCUCCGCAGGAGAGGAGUGCGGGGAAGCGGCAGAGUCCGCGUCUGCCGCGAGCCCCCCCCGGAGAGCCGUCCGUGCAGGGUGUGGAGGAGAGGAGAGAGGGCCCCCAGCGGGCGCAGCCGAGAGCGCCCAUGGCCCAGAGAGUGCCCACCUGCAGGGAGUGCGGGAGGACCUUCUACCGGAACCCCCAGCUUAUUUUUCACCAAAGAACUCACACCACCGCCAAGACGAGCUUUCAGUGCCCCACCUGCAAAAAAGCCUUUCCGAGGAGCUCAAACUUGGUGAAACAUCAGCGAACCCACACAGGAGAGAAGCCCUGCAAGUGUGAUUACUGUGGGAAGAGCUUUAGCGACUUCUCGGGGCUGUGUUACCACAAGAAAACGCACACAGGAGAGAAGCCCUUUAAAUGUCCCAUCUGUGAGAAAAGCUUUAUUCAAAGAUCCAACUUUAAUAGACACCAGAGGGUUCACACAGGAGAGAAACCCUAUAAAUGUUCCCUCUGCGGGAAAAGUUUCAGCUGGAGGUCAAGCCUUGACAAGCAUCAAAGAUCCCACUUGGGAAAGAAGCGCUUUCAAUAGCCAAGCUCUCCUGGCCCAUUUCUGUCUCUGGGUCCAUUUGAAGAUUCUAGGCUCCAUCCGGAGAAACUGCAUCUCCUAGAAAAUCUCCCUGUUCUCCCAUUUUUUCAUGGAUUGGAGAGCAGAGGCGAACCUGGUCUCAGACCUGGAGGGUAUCUCGGCCUCUGGAUGGGAUUUCACACGGUGUUGCUUUCUUGCUUCUCCAUCAGGAGAAAGACAAGUCUUCAUCUUUCAGCUGAUCUCUCCUCGUGGACCCCCGGGGAAAGGUGUCAUUAGGAGACCCCGUUUUAGGAGUGCUCUCCAGGAAGGGCUGAACUGCAUGAGCCACAGCUGGCGCUCCGGGGAAGAACCUUUAGGACUGCGGUCCCAGAGCAGAGCAGGUCUUCUGUUCCAGAAGGGGUGCGUCGAGGCCAGUGAGCUCACGCCCACGUGUGGUCUCUGUCGCAUGGGUGCCCCUUGUUUUCAAUAAAGCCAGUCACUCCCGGUCUCGUUUGUGUCUGCAGUGUCCACCGUGCACUGACUGUAACUCACAGGCCCUGUGUGGUACUCGAGGUCCUCCAUCAGCUGGGACGGACCCCGCAGGUUUACCGCUAGCAGGGCAGUGCUGGACACGCAGGUGUCCCCUUUCCAUGCCCGCCUCCCACUCACUCUUGGGCCUCAAGUUGCCCCUCUUUCUCCUGGAGUCUCCCUUAGGCCAUCCAUCGUUUUGGCCAGAGUGCUCGGUGCUGUAAAAGUGUCUUCCUUAUCUCAUUUUGUCUGUAUGUGUGAGGAAGAAAUCAAUGGUAUUGAUCGAA